GCGUUUAAAGGCUGCUAUUACUAUACGAUCUCUAAUAAAUCCAGACAGAUAUAUCAUUGUGGUGGAGCAUGAUCUAAGUGUAUUAGACUAUCUCUCUGACUUCAUCUGCUGUUUAUAUGGCGUACCUAGUGCUUAUGGUGUUGUCACUAUGCCUUUUAGUGUAAGAGAAGGCAUAAACAUUUUUUUGGAUGGCUACGUUCCAACAGAAAACUUGAGAUUCAGAGAUGCAUCACUUGUUUUUAAAGUGGCUGAGACAGCAAAUGAAGAAGAAGUUAAAAAGAUGUGUAUGUAUAAAUACCCUGGAAUGAAGAAAAAGGGAGAGUUUGAGUUAGCGAUUGUAGCUGGAGAGUUUACAGAUUCUGAAAUCAUGGUGAUGUUGGGGGAAAAUGGUACUGGUAAAACGAAAUUUAUCAGAAUGCUUGCUGGAAGGCUUAAACCUGAUGAAGGAGGGGAAGUUCCAGUUCUAAACGUCAGUUAUAAGCCACAGAAAAUCAGUCCCAAAUCAACCGGAAGUGUUCGCCAGCUACUGCAUGAAAAGAUCAGAGAUGCUUACACUCAUCCACAGUUUGUGACUGAUGUAAUGAAACCUCUGCAAAUUGAAAACAUCAUCAAUCAAGAGGUGCAGACAUUAUCUGGUGGUGAACUGCAGCGAGUAGCAUUAGCUCUUUGUUUGGGAAAACCUGCUGAUGUCUAUUUAAUUGAUGAACCAUCCGCAUAUUUGGAUUCCGAGCAAAGACUGAUGGCUGCUCGAGUUGUCAAACAUUUCAUACUCCAUGCUAAGAAGACAGCCUUUGUUGUGGAACAUGACUUCUUCAUGGCCACCUAUCUAGCAGAUCGAGUCAUUGUUUUUGAUGGUAUUCCAUCCAAGAACACAGUUGCAAACGGUCCUCAAACCCUUUUGGCUGGCAUGAAUAAAUUUUUGUCUCAGCUUGAAACUACAUUCAGAAGAGACCCAAACAACUAUAGGUCAAGAAUAAACAAACUCAAUUCAAUUAAGGAUGUAGAACAAAAGAAGAGUGGAAACUACUUUUUCUUGGAUGAUUAAAGUGAAUCUGAGAAUAUUGAUAAGCCAUUUAUUAAGAGAAACAUAUAUUGGAAUUUUUGUCAUAUAAAAUUUAAAUCAGGUUUUAUACACCACAUGCUCUAGAGCUUGAAGUAUAAUUUACUUACUGUAACAUCAAAAGCCAGUUGUGUUGUAAAUGGUAGUCUGAAUACAGAAAAUGCCACUUUUCUGAUCUUGAUGAUAGAACCCUUUUUGUGCAUAACAUUGUAAAAUGAAGACAUUUCAAGCAUACAAAUUACCUCCAGGUUUCCAUAAUGUAUAGAAAGAUUUUCAGUAGGUUUACUAUAUAUUCAUGUACUAAAUGCUGAGCAGUGUUGCCCCUUUU